UUUAACCAAUUAAAUUGCGUAUCGGCGUUUUCGGAUCGAAUUCGAUCCGAUUUUUUUACUUAUAAACAAAAAGUUUUGACUUGCAGUUUAAUGCUUAUUUACAAGUUAAGUAGCAAAAAUUUUUAACCAUGUCUGACGCAGCAGCUAAAGGAGGAAAACAGGCACCUAAAGUAGCCAAGAAAGGUGAAAAAAGAGCCGGCAAAAAAGGAGGAAAGAUUGGUGGAACUGGUGAAAAGAAACGCAAGAGAAAGAGAAAGGAAAGUUAUGCUAUUUACAUCUACAAUGUUUUGAAACAAGUUCACCCAGAUGUCGGAGUUUCAAGCAAAGCUAUGAGCAUCAUGAACUCAUUUGUCAACGACAUCUUUGAGCGCAUUGCUUCCGAAGCUUCGCGUUUGGCUCUUCAAAACAAAAAGUCGACCAUCUCUUCUCGUGAAAUUCAAACCGCAGUACGUCUUCUCUUGCCUGGAGAACUUGCAAAACACGCAGUCAGUGAAGGAACAAAAGCCGUCACAAAAUACACAAGCAGCAAGUAAACCAACGUCUACCAAACACAAACGGUCUUUUUUAAGACCACACAUCUUUAAAAAAACAUUUACUUGGCGUCACUACAAGUUAACCGAAGUUAAUAAAACUUCUAAAUAAUGUGCUUAAGAACACUAGCCUACAUUUAAAAUACUUCCCCAUGUGUGUGUGUGGAUUAGCUUCACUUUUCAUACGUAUUAUUAGCUGUACUUGCAGAAAAGACAAGUACAUUGAUCCAUGUUAUUGCUUACAUUUAACUUAACCCAGCUUUUCACGGAAACACUCCCAGGCAAAUUAACCCUACAAAGUAUUUCUAAAUUUUUUUUGUGUCAUAUAUGACAUAGUAUCGUAUAGCAAUAAAUGUAACUGUGACAAGACUUUACACAUUGUGUAAUUUGGAAGCGUGCACAAAGUAAUGUUUUAAAAGAUUUGUGGCUAUAAAAAUAGCCGUUUUUGUUGAGCAAUGACAACGCUUAACCUCCGAAUCCGUAAAGAGUUCUUCCUUGACGUUUUAAGGCAUAAACAACAUCCAUAGCGGUAACGGUCUUGCGUUUAGCGUGCUCUGUGUAGGUUACAGCAUCACGAAUAACAUUCUCUAAGAAAACCUUCAGUACACCUCUGGUUUCCUCAUAGAUAAGGCCAGAGAUACGUUUGACACCACCUCGUCGAGCAAGACGUCGAAUAGCAGGUUUUGUGAUUCCCUGAAUGUUAUCACGAAGAAUUUUUCGGUGACGUUUAGCACCUCCUUUUCCCAAUCCUUUACCUCCUUUUCCGCGUCCAGACAUAUUGAUAUAGUUGCGUACAGAACGAGUACAAAAACAACGUUUGAGUUAACAGAAUUCAGACAGCUUUAAAAAGAGGCCAUAAAAUUACCUACUGCUCGUGGAAACACCCUAAUUAACCAAUAGAGUUGCGUCAUUACAAAAUGUUCCGAACAUUUUGUACAUUUUUUUAAGUAAAACUGUAGUUUUUUUAAAAAUUCGUGGUCUUAAUGUUUCAGUAAGGCAAUAAAUUUGGCAUCGUUGGAAUUCGCCAAACCUUCUGCUACUUACUAAAAAAAAAAAAAGUCAAAAGCUUUUGUGUAUCAGAAGAUACAGCCGUUUUCCCGUAGCCAAAAAACACAGAUUUUAUAAAAAUGUUAAAGUAAUGAGCGUAAUGUCAUUAUGCAGCCAAUCAGAAAUUACUUUCUUAGCACCAAUCAAAUGGUUUGUUUUGAACCUUAGCUGUCAAUCAAUAUGAGAAAUAAAACUUUGGCGCGAUAGUGCAUUUUAGACCGUCUUGUGUAUCCGUACUACAUCGACUUCUUAAAAUAUGGCUCGUACAAAGCAAACUGCACGUAAAUCUACUGGAGGAAAGGCUCCACGAAAACAACUCGCCACUAAAGCUGCGAGGAAAAGCGCACCAGCUACUGGAGGAGUGAAAAAACCACAUCGUUACAGACCUGGUACAGUUGCUCUCAGAGAAAUCAGAAGAUACCAGAAGUCAACCGAGCUCUUGAUCCGCAAGUUGCCUUUCCAGCGUCUUGUGCGAGAAAUUGCUCAGGACUUCAAAACAGAUCUGCGAUUCCAGAGCACAGCCGUUAUGGCUCUGCAAGAGGCUUCUGAAGCGUACCUUGUUGGCUUGUUCGAGGAUACUAACUUGUGUGCCAUUCACGCAAAACGAGUUACAAUCAUGCCUAAAGACAUCCAGUUGGCAAGAAGAAUUCGUGGGGAACGUGCCUAAGCAUCUUACCAAACAAAAAACGGCUAUUUUUAUAGCCACACAUCCAUAAAAAAUA